GUAAAUCCUCCUCGCCUAGUUGCCGACGAAGAAGCCUGGCUGCCAUGACGCUGCGACUAAUCCGACAAGCUGCAGUUUGUUGUGGCGACAAGAAGCCGCUUUUCUGCCUUUAAACCUUUUUUUUUCAUACACCGGCAACCUCACUAAAUAACUUUUGUCCCACGUCAGACGACAACAUCGUUUCAGGUUGGACAGGCUUGAGAAGGUCCCGUCAGCCAUGGUGGACUACUACCAGGUCCUGGGAGUGCGCAGAGACGCGCCUGCAGACGACAUCAAGAAAGCCUACAGGAAACUGGCCCUCAAGUGGCACCCUGAUAAGAACCCAGACAACAAGGAGGAGGCGGAGAAGAAGUUCAAGGAGCUGUCAGAAGCUUAUGAAGUUUUGUCUGAUGCCAACAAGAGGAGCACGUACGAUCGCUACGGCAAAGAAGGACUCACGGGAAGCGCCAGAGGUCCAGGAGGACAUUACCACAACGGAGACCAUUUCCAUCAACCCUUCACCUUCAGAAACCCAGAGGACGUGUUCAGGGAGUUCUUUGGAGGCAGUGACCCCUUUGCCAACUUCUUUGGUGCAGAUCCUUUCCAAGAACACCCCUUCUUUGGCAGCGGCCGGCGACACCACAGCCGGGGAAAUAGAAGCCGAAAUGCUGCUCCCUACCCGGGGGGCUUUGUGGGCCUCAUGCCCUUUGGGGGCUUCUCACCUUUUGAUCCAGGUUUCGGUUCCUUUGGUUCCAUGAGUUCCAUGGGUCACAUGGGUCACAUGGGUCACAUGGGUCCCAUGGCCACCAUGGGGGGUCCAGGAGGGGGGGGCUUGACCUUCUCCAGCAGCUCCUUUGGGGGAGGAGGAGGAGGAGGGGGGAUGGGCAACUUCCGCUCCGUGUCCACGUCCACCAAGAUCAUCCACGGCAGGAAGAUCACCACCAAGAGAGUGGUGGAGAACGGCCAGGAGCGGGUGGAAGUCGAAGAAGACGGACAGUUACGCUCGAUCACCGUCAACGGCAAGGAGCAGCUGCUGCGGCUGGAACACAAGUGAAAGUGAAAGUGAAAGUGAAAGCUCGGUACAAACCUACUUGAUGAUGUUGUUGUGUAAAUAUUUUGUCUCUCUGGGAGCCCCCUGGAGUAUGAAUAGGUCAUGACAUUCCACCCGCUGUAAAUAGGACCCUUCAUCUUCUUAAUACUUUCUUGCUUUUUAUGCAUGUCUGUGGGUGUCCAGUCUUAACGUUGCCACGGUAACCAGAGCCCCGCCUGGACGUGAUGCUAAAUGUCGAAAUGUGUAAAUAUUCCUUUUAUUCUCCACAACAUUCAGAAGUUGGACCAAAACCAUGAGAAGUAAUCAAUAAAUUCAUUGAUGGGUGUGA